AUGUGGGAUAAUGCACUAGAACGAGAAAUAAAUCCUCUACUUACUCAAGAUGACGACGACGAAUUAACAGAGGAUGACGAGUUGGAAGAAGUAGACCCAUUAGCAUAUGAUUACGACUAUGAUAGCGAUGAAGACGAUUACGAAUCACAACUACUUUCUGCUCAACAGCAAUGGGAAGAGUCAAUAGAACAGCUUAAUCAGGUAUUAAACUGGGUACUGCUUCCACUGAUAGGAAAAUUUUUAGGCAGACGAACAGCAUUGAGGCUAUGGAAGCGAUUCAUGGAAUAUGUACUAUGA